CCGGGUCGGCGGGGCGGCUCGCGUUUUCUUCCGCGCUCGCGGAGGGCCCCGACGGGUCCUGGGCAGGGGUCGCGUGCUGGACGCGGGCGCGUGCAGGAUGCGGAAGCCCGACGGCAAGAUCGUGCUGCUGGGGGACAUGAACGUGGGCAAGACGUCGCUGCUGCAGCGCUACAUCGAGCGGCGUUUCCAGGACACGGUCAGCACGGUGGGCGGCGCCUUCUACCUGAAGCAGUGGCGCUCCUACAGCCUCUCCAUCUGGGACACGGCGGGGCGGGAGCAGUUCCACGGCCUGGGCUCACUGUACUGCCGCGGGGCGCUGGCCGUGGUCCUCACCUAUGACGUCAGCCACCUGCAGAGCCUGCGGGAGCUGGAGGAGCGAUUCCUGGGCCUGACCGACUCAGCCAGCGCCGACUGCCUCUUCGCCCUGGUGGGCAACAAGGUGGACCUGUGCCAGGAGGGACGGGCAGGGCCGGGCCGGCAGGUGUGGCCCGAGGACGCGGCCACGCUGUACCGGAAGAUCCUGCGGUACAAGAUGCUGGACGAGAGCACGGCGCCGACGGCCGAGCAGAUGUGCUUCGAGACCAGCGCCAAGACGGGCCACAACGUGGACCAGCUCUUUGAGACGCUGUUCGACCUGGUGGUGCCCGUGAUCCUACGGCACCAGGCCCAGGGCCCCCCGCACACUGUGGACCUAGGCAGCAGCCGGCCGGCCCGCCGGCCCCGCGCAGGCUGCUGUACCUGAGCGGCCCCCCUUGGAGGCCCUGGGGGGCCCCGUGUCUCCCGCGGUCCGGGGGGUUCCCACGGGGGCUCGGGGACUGUGCAGGGCCCCAGGGGACCCUCAUUAAAGCAUGUG